UUUUUUCUUUCGGUUAAAUAAAUGACCAGCCAUACUGUGUGAGAUGAGGUAGGAGGGAUGGAUUUGAAGAGUUGCAAGCUGUAAAUUUGGAUUGUGUCAUGCUGUCAGGUACAUCUUCCCUAUACUUAUGUACGUACGCAAGCAAGGUUAGACUUUGGUUUUUUUUUUCAUUUUUUGUUUCAUUAUUUCCAUCUUUUGUGGGUAUUUUUUUUUUUGUUUCAAGCUUAUCUUUUACUCUUCCUAUUGGUUCGCUUUCUAUAUAUUUCAAUAUCAAGCUUCUAUGUUGCUCUUCCUAUUGGUCUGCUUUCAAAAUAGACAAACUAGAAACUAACCCGAGAGACAGGAAAUGUGUUGAAGAUAUGCUUUUGUGCUACACUUUCCCACCCCUUAUGUCAGUUUUAUUAACUUAAAUAUAGCUAACAUGAGAGAGAUGAGAAGUAUAUUGAAGAACUUAAAUCUGGUCUUUUGCUUUCAAUCACUAUUUCAUUUGUUGUUGUAGGUUGCAGAUAUCCAGGAAACAAGCCGAUGUGAAAAUAACGGAAGGGGAUUCAGAAGGAGGUCAAUGGAGGGUUCAUUUUCAUCAAGCCAAUUUGCUACACGAGGACAAAAGGUGAAUAUGGGUUUUGAAAAGAAAGCACUGCAUGAUGUGGACGAUUCAGAAGACAACAAAGUUUGACUUCCUUUUGAUAUGAAUAGACA